UUAAUAAAAGUAGGUACGAAGAAUACAUUUCCAGGAGAAUUAUCUCCCUUUAACAAUGGCGGCUUUUGUAAAUUUUACCAGCUCUACUGUAAUUGAAAACCAAAAACAAGUUGUUCGAGAAGCCAGGCAGAAUAUUAUUGACAAGGCUAAAACGAAAUAUGAACAGACAGAAAGGCGAGCGCAAGAAGCUAAACUUCGCGGAGAGGACACCUGGAUGUUGUCAUCGGUGGACAAAAGAAUCCAGUCAGAAGAACAGGAACACAAGAAGACAAAAGAGCGGCACAAGAAAGAGAAGAAAAGGAAGAAAAAACACAAAAAACACAAGAAGCAAGCUUCAUCCAGCGACGGUGAUUCUGACUCAGCUAAAGAACCGCAGUGGGUAGAAAAGAGUUCAGCUUUGUGUAAUUCAUCAGGGACAGAUCACCAAUCUGAGACUGCUAGUAAACCAACCAUAGGACCAACCCUACAGAGAGAAAGUUGGAUGGAGUGUCCUCUCGAUGUUUUGCCAACGAUCUGCAAGAAAGAAAUAAGAGAGAAAAAGAAGAAGGAAGACGAGAUGGAGAAAAAAGCUGCAGCAGAAAAAAUUGGCCAACAUACAAGGGAACUAAAUCCAUACUGGAAGGAUGGUGGCACCGGUCUACCAGAGGACAACGUUAAACCAGCCAAAUCAUCCAUACAUCUCGUCGGUGUCGGCGACAGUGGGUUGUCAUGGUUACGUAAGCGGUACGAGCGGUGUAAACAGCAAGCAGAUGAUGAAGGGCGGAGUAUGGAGGAUGUGGCGGCCGAGAGAUUUGGUUCUUUGAAAAAACUUGAGAAGAUGAUUCACGAAGCUGAAAAAGCUGAAGAGAGAUUGAGACGAAAGAGAUACGAUAAAACAGAAAAACGAUCACAUGAUAAUAAUAAGAACCACUCCAGGUCGCAGUCUCCAGACGGAGAAAGGUCACGGUCAGAUAGAGGUCAGUAUAGGAGGUCAAGGUCACCUGUGGAUCAGUCUCGAAGUGAAAAAAGUCAUGAAAGGGAGAAUUACGACAAGACUAGAGAUCAAAGCAUGAGAGCUCAUGAUAAAAAAAGGGAAUUUCAUAGAGAUCAGUCUUCAAGUUUAAGGUCACAUGUUGACCAGUCUCUCAGAAAUGAAAACUAUGACAGUACUAGAAAUGAAAACAAGGGAGAUAAGUACGAACGAAGACCGGAGAGUUCUAGAAGGAGACAGUUUAUAAAACCUGACAGUUAUUCGGAUGAAACGUCAAGACAUGGGAGGGACAAUGAAAGACGGUUUGUGAGGCCGAAGGAAUCAGAAUCGGAUCCUUCGAGACAUUCUGAAUCCUCACGGCGGAGGUUUAUGAAGCCAGGUGAUAUGCCCGAGUCAUCAUCAAGGUCAAGGUCAGGUGGUGCUUCAAGCCGUGAAGAGCCAAGAUGGAAACGACCAGGAUUCAGAAAACCUUCAGAUGAUGUGAACGUCUCUAGUGGCGAGAAUAACAAGUCGGAGAACAGAGAUUUACGAGAAAGGGAGAGGUCACUUCAUAGGUCGAGAUCAUGUAACACUUCUCCCAGUCCGUCCAGCAGCAGCAGCAGCAGCAGUAGUGACGAUGACGGUGUUGAUGAAGAUGAAGUAGAGACUGCUCCGACCCAACCACAGGUUGUGGUACUGUCCGAGAAGGAGAUGAAUGAACUAGGAGCCAAGAUCAUCCGAGCUGAGUUGAUGGGAGAUGAGUCUAUGGCCCAGGAACUGAAGUCUAAACUGGAGGAAGCGAGGAAAAUGAAGGAAACUCGGCCAACCGUAACAUCCACUGAUGUGCGACCAGAAUCAGACGGUGAAGAGGUCGUGCUGACACGCACGGGGAGAGGUGGAGUCAUUCUACCGUUACCGGAGAGAAGCCAUGAACCAGAGCAGCGAGGGAGGAAACGGCGCAAGAAAGAAACGGUUUCAACUCAUGAGGCAGGUGAACGUGUGCGAUACUUUGAUGAUGAUGACAAGUUCAGUCUCAAAUCUUUGGUGGAACGGGAAAAGAUGGGUACCGCUGAAGAUCAGAAUUCAAUGUUUGCUAGACUGGCAGGCAGGGUUUGUGAAAAGACCGACGAAGACUAUCAGAUGGAUGAUGUGAUCAUCACGAAGGCAGCGUGCAAACAGUCCGAGGCCGAGCUAGAGGAGAAAGACCGGACCAGAGCCAUAUUUGAACAUCGAAAAAUAAGUGCAGCUAUGGAGAAGUGCAAUUACUGUUUCAACAAAGUUCCCAAACAUCUCAUCAUAGCCAUUGGAGUAAAGGUGUACCUGUGUCUGCCCAACUACCGCUCACUGACCGCUGGUCACUGUCUGAUCGUACCGAUGCAGCAUGUCACGUCGGGUACCACUGUCGAUGAAGACGUCUGGCAGGAGAUUCAGACAUUCCGAAAGACUCUGGUGACGAUGUUUGAGCGCCAGGACCAGGAUGUUGUGUUCAUGGAGACGAGCAUGAAUCUCAAGAGACAUCCACACAUGACUGUUGAGUGUGUGCCCAUGGAGAAAGAGACCGGAGACUUGGCUCCCAUCUACUUCAAGAAAGCAAUUCAAGACACAGGGUCAGAGUGGUCCCAGAAUAAGAAGUUGGUGGAUCUGAGCAAGAAAGACAUCAGACACGCGGUACCGAAAGGUUUCCCGUACUUCAGCGUGGACUUCGGACGUCAGGGCGGGUUCGCUCACGUUAUUGAAGACGAAGUCAAGUUUCCGUCGUACUUUGGAAAGGAGAUAAUUGGUGGAAUGAUCGAUGCUGAACCACAACUCUGGAGAAAACCACACCGGGAAAGUUUUGACGACCAGAGAAGAAAGGUUCUGGAAUUUGCAGAAUGGUGGAAACCGUUUGACUGGACACAAAAUUUACAAAGUGCAGAAUAAUCUUGUGUAAAAAGAUAAUUAAAAAACGUCUGUGUUUUGUGCAUAAAUAUUUGUGUUUCAGAAUUUGAAGAUGGUGCAAAGGUAGAAUUAGCACGAUUCUCAUUUAAACAUGCGAGUUUUGUUUAACGACACCACUAGAAAACAUCCGACCAUAUCAUCUAGAGUUUGUUAUCGGUCAACAUAUACACCAUAGGUAGCAGUUGGCUUUGGCAGUGUUAAUAUCAGUGGAUCAUUUGGUACCAUGCAGCAGUCAAUUUAAUUAGUGCUCCAGAACUGAGAAAUGCUAUCCUGAUAUCACAGAAUAUAUAGAACACAGUAAUAAAUAAAAAAAAGGAAAAAAAGAUACACAAAUUCAGUAAAAUGUCUGUCUGCUAACUGUACUCAUUUUUCUUAUCAGUAUUUUUACUCCAUCAAAAAACUCAAACAAAAACUUAAAGCCAAAGAAAACAACAAAUUCCACUUUUUCAUUUAUUCAUUAUUUGUUCCUUUCUUUCCUUUAUUCAUUCUUAUUUGUUCCUUUCUUUCCUCCUCAGAUCAAAACUUACGCAGGCAUGAGUAUGUAUGGAUAUGAAUAUAUAUGUUACACUUUGUAAGUCAAUGAUUCAAGGCUGCCCAAUCCUUGACAUUGUUACAUUGAUUUGGGGAAAUAAAAAACCUUAAAAAUCA